AGUUUUAUUGGGUAGUUAAGACCUGGCCUUCUUCCUUUUGAAAUUUCUUUUGUGAAACCUAGCCAGCCAGCGAUUGCCGCCAUUUGCUUCUCCUCUGAACGAUCCAACAAUUCAACGGCCCUGUGUUUGUUAAUUGAGAUUUUAGAUUCAACGCUUUAACAUUGGGAUUUUCAGGGUACAAUGGCUUCCAACAUCUCACCUUCUGCCUUUGAUAAAGAGCAGAUAUUUGGAAUGGCUGAAAAGGAGAUGGAGUAUCGGGUUGAAUUAUUCAACAAGAUGACCCAGACAUGUUUCAAUAAGUGUGUUGACAAUAGGUACAAGGAAUCCGAGCUAAAUAUGGGUGAAAAUAGUUGCAUUGACCGCUGUGUUUCAAAAUACUGGCAUGUGACUAAUCUAAUUGGUCAGCUGCUUGGUUCUGGGAAGCCUCCAAUGUAAUCCAAGUGUACUGUUGUGUUUCCUUUUGCGGUUAGCAAGCUGUGAGCUACAUCUACGAUAUUGUUAGUUGCUUCCACAACUAAGGAAGCGUAAAUACUUUGCAAUGUCUUUAUUUUUGUCCAUGACUAUUUUGAGGUUUAUCGGUUUUGUUAAGAAAGGAAUUGAUUAUGAGCUUUUGAGGUAGAGCCAAUGGUGAACAAUAAAACUAGUUUUAGUCAAUUAAGUUCAUUCUUCGUUUCUAAU